AAUUCCACCAUUUCGGGAAACAUUGCGGCGCUGCGAUGGCCCUGGAUUUAAACCAGACCCGAUCGGCGAAGCCCGACGAUUACUUCGGUCGGCCCGCUCUCCGUCUGCGCGUCUAUCGAUGCAUUGCCCCGACGAAUACUGAGCCUGCCCCGCUAUCCCUUUGCCAAUCCUCUGCUCUCGCUGGCCCGCUGCCUCUCUGCAUUUCCAUUCGGUUGUCAUUGCUAGUUUUGCGUCUGAAUUCCUAUUGCCGCAGCCCAAAUUACGUUGCUCGUGUCGCUUGCGCAUCGUCCCUCCAUCUAGUCUUGUUGCUCCACCCACCGUCUCUCCAUUCCAAUUACUGCGAUUCCUCGCUAUGUACGCCCCCAGCCAUACUUCCCCGUCAUGCAAAGGCAGCUUGUCCUCUCGAGCAAGCCCCGACGGCUCAGCAUCACUCAAGCCAAAGCCCGUCGUGGCCUCCAGCGACUCUGCUUGCCCGGUGGUGCUGGCGUCGCCCUCGUCGCCUUCUCACGCCGGCAAUCUGGAUACACCCAUCUGGGUCUUCGAUAGCGCGACGUCCUCGCUGCGAAUAGAGCUGGUGGGAAAGCCCGGGCCCCCUUCCCAAAACGUCGGCUUCGAGCUUUGUGCAUUUGCUCUUCUCAAGGCACUAAAUCAGUGGUACCCGCUGUCGACGCCCGAGAACGACCCGCUGAAUCCCAAUUUCCUCGCGUGCCAAGACUUUAUCCACUGCCUCGCCCUGUGUCUGUGCUGCCCGUCGAUCCUCAAGCCGUCUGCUCUCGGCGACGAGCGCAUUCCUGACAUUGUGUCGCGCAACCCCAUGCCGUCAUCGUCGCUGCCAUCCAAUACUCUCGUCAGCAUGCCCAGACACCAGCUCUUCAAGAGUCCCGCGAAUGUCGUAGCCAUGAUCGUGUUUACUUUCAAGGAGGUCUCUGGCGGUGACUCCCAGGCCGCAAACCGUCCCGACCAAGGUCUCCUCCUGGAAACGCUGCGCUACGGCCUCGAUCUUGUCGAGGCAUUGCGGCACGGCUCCCUGAAGCACCUCGUGCCUGCCAUCGCCCAGGUCUUCCGUGACUACUGGCAAGACACCGCCGGCGCGGCGGCCCUGCUCGGCGAGUCUCUGAAGCGGAAUACUACAGAUCUCCAGAGCGAGGACUCACAUAGCCCCGCCAGCAAGCGCCUCAAGGCCUUGUCCAGUGGACCCGAUGGACGGCCCACCCAGGCAUCCUCGCUCUCUGGGCAAGAUACCGCCCACCGUGGCACUACUGCCGCAGCGCAUUCAGGCACACCUGCGCUUGAAGGCGACUCUCUGGCCAACGCCCAGCAGCUUGGCCACGAGUACCACUCUAUGCUGGUGGAACGCAAUCUCUUGCGCGCCGAGAACACCGACCUCCGGCAAAAGGUCGAGCAGCUCCAGGAAAUCAUCAAGCACUUCCAAAACCGCGACGCCGGCAUCUUGGCCUCGGUCUCGAUCAACGAGACUGCUAACACAAGUUCAUUCCAAGACAAGUGCCAUCGCGUCGGUGGCUCGAUCGCAGUCGAUUGUGAAAACGACCAAAGCAAGUUCGUGCAGCAAAUUGCGCAGCUCAAGAAGCAAGUCGCGCUCGAACACGAGCGGCGCACCAAGCUCGAGCGCGAAGUCAUGCUGCUCAAGAAGAAGAUCGCCGAGCUCCUCCGAAGCAGCCAGUCGCUGCGACGAGUCACAGUCGGCAAAGAGAACCCUGCGGCGCUCUCGGGCGAGCUGCCUGUGUACUUUGAAGACCGAAGCUUCGACUCGACCAUGGCCGUAGCCAGCAGUGACUCGGAGUAUAUCCAGUCCUUGGCUCCGAGCAUUCCCAUCAAGGUCGAUCCUGGGGUCGGACGGCUAAAAGCCAGCGCCAGGCAGGACAACGCGGUCUACCGGGCGAAACUGACGUCGCUGGAAACAAGACUCAAGCAGCUCGAGACACACGUCUGGGUGAUUGAAAGCGAAAACGCCCUUCUGCGGAGCGGAAGCGAGCAAGACAAAGUUCUGAUCCGGCGCCUCUGCCACGACCUCCAGAAGCAGGCUACUGCCGCCUGACGGUGACCACAGUAUCCGUCUCCCUGCCAGGGUAGAUUCGAUUUCGGAUACACAACGGGCUGAUUUAAUUGAGUUGACCACACAAAGCCCAGUUUGGCGCCCUGUCCCUGUGUCUGGCUCACUGUACAUGCCUCCCUCUCACAUACACCGGCCAAACCUUGCGCUUGCUUUUCAUCCUCUGUUUGUUUGGAUAUUCAUAGCCGACAAUGAUGGUGGGCGGCCGUGGAUGUGCGCAAGUGGCCUUCCUUUCUUCUCGCUUUUUUUCUCUUUGUUUUGCUUUAUUUUGGGAUCCUGGAGGGGAAAGGCUCUCUGAUGCGGAACUGUUCGAGGGAUAUCCUGUUGUAUCUUUACCCACUCCGGCGUGGUGCCUGCGGGGAGAUCUUCGAGAGAUGGCGCACCACCAAAGCAUGCUUGACCAUCAAUACCAUUGUCACAUCGUUGCUCCACA